UGAAAUAUGUCAGAGAAAGAAUUAAAUUCUGUGUUUAGAUUCCAUGGUGGUAUAGCAUUGCCUAUUCGAUGCAGUACGCUUGUUUGUGGAUUGGAUCCGUUUGCGUCCGUCUUUCUUAGAGGGAGUCUCAUUGGAGGGCCAGGGUGCCAGUUGAUUGGCUCUGGUGUUUGUACGAAUGAUGUAACAAGUGGAAAUAGCUUCAGACAAGACCAACCAACGGACAAGUGUUGUAAUAUUUACAGAAUAGACUCUGAGGAGGAGAGUUUGGUAGCUUGUACCUUCACAUUUGCUGACCCUGCUCAAGACUGGGCAAACGAGCUUUUCAGUUGUAUUGUACCAGGAAGAGUGUUAGUCUUCUGCACUAUGGCGUAUCAAUAUUUCAGAGUCACCGAUCCAUUGUCAGAAACGACUCCAUUCUUGCGACUUUGUUGUUAUCCGGAUUCAGUCAAAGAAUUUCAACGAACUAGAGAAGUCUGCCCAAGGCUUGAGGCUCCUAAUGAACUGACUGGUGCAUCAGGUUUAGUUGUUUCCUACUGUCAACAUCACUCUGUUCCUCUGAAAGUUUACGUGUGCGUCACCGACAGUCCGCGGCCUGACAGACAGACAAUGAGGCGAUUUCUCUCAGCAUACCGAGCAACACCUCAACUGAACUCGUUCGCUGCCACGGAGCAGGACGUCUUCAAGCAACUACCAAACGUCGAGUCGGACACUCCAAUGUACAUCUAGACAAGCCGACUAACGCGCGACGUCGUUAUCUGUAACGCAUACCGUAGAACAAUACCGUAAACAUGCGAACUUCAUUACACGCAUCCACG